UGGUGCUUGGUUGUGCUUCUUAGUUGCCAUUGAUUGAGUGAGGCGGUUGAUAGAUGCUUCGUUCAAAGUUCGAACACCACGAUUCGAGAAUUUGAUAGCACCCUCACGCCCCCUUUCCAUGUGCUCUACCUUACAAACGUCACCAUAAACACUGCACAGCAGGUUCUAUAGCAAGAACCUCAACCUCAACACCACCCACCAUGCUGCCCUCCCACCACUCCGCGCGCCACUCGUCCGGCGACGAAGAAAAGCCCGACAAGAUCAACCCCGUGCGCAACUCCAGCAUCGCCCUGUCCGCCGCCGAGCGCGCCCGCCGCAACAUCAACGCCAAGCUCGCCAACCCGCUCCAGGGCUACAGCUACGAGGAGCUGCGCAAGAUGGGGCGCGACUACGCGUACGAGCACGCGCUCGCCGAAGCCGACGACGUCCGCGCGCUCGAGCUGGGCGCGAUGCUGGCGCGCGACCCCGAGAACAUCGACAUCAUGAAGCAGUUUGGCGUUACCGAUGAGGAGCACGCGGUGCUGGUGAAGGAGAUCACGCAUCGGUGGAGCCAGCCGUGGUUGCUGUAUUUGGUGAUUAUUCUGUGCUCGACUUGUGCGGCGGUGCAGGGGAUGGAUGAGACUGUUGUGAACGGUGCGCAGCUGUUCUUCUUGCCGCAGUUUGGCAUUGAUAAUGGCGACGAGCGGUCGACGUGGCUUACGGGGCUGGUUAAUGGGGCGCCGUAUCUUUGUUGUGCGCUUAUUGGGUGUUGGUUGACCACUCCGUACAACAAUUGGUUCGGUCGUCGAGGUACCAUCUUCAUUACUUGCCUCUUCAGCGCUAUUGCGUGUUUCUGGCAAGGUUUUGUGAAUACGUGGUGGCACAUGUUCAUUGCGCGGUUUGCUCUUGGAUUUGGGAUUGGGCCAAAGUCGGCUACUGUUCCUAUCUAUGCUGCCGAAUGCACACCUCCGCAGAUCCGUGGUGCUCUUGUCAUGCAAUGGCAGAUGUGGACUGCUUUUGGCAUUAUGUUCGGCUACGUCUCUGAUUUAGCUUUCUACUCCGUACCGGAUAAGCACAACAUUACCGGUCUCAACUGGCGUAUCAUGAUGGCUUCGGCCAUGCUUCCCGCCGUAUUUGUGUGUUUCUUCGUCUUUUUGGUCCCCGAGAGUCCGCGGUGGUACAUGUCCAAGGGCCGCCACUCCUCCGCCUAUCACUCCAUGUGCAAGCUCCGCUUCAAUAAGGUCCAGGCGGCUCGCGAUCUGUUCUAUAUGUCGGAGCUGCUCAAGGCCGAAGAGAGCAUGACCAUUGGCCAGAGUAAGAUCAAGGAGUUGUAUACUGUUCCGAGGAAUAGGCGUGCCAUGAUAGCCUCUGAGAUUGUCAUGUUCAUGCAGCAGUUCUGCGGUGUAAACGUCAUAGCCUACUAUUCCUCCUCCAUCUUCGUCGAAUCCGGCUUCAGCGAGCAAUCCGCCCUCGGCGCCUCCCUGGGCUGGGGCGUCAUCAACUUCCUCUUCGCUAUUCCCGCCAUCUACACCAUCGACACCUUCGGCCGCCGCAAUCUGCUCCUCACCACCUUCCCCCUCAUGGCCCUCUGCCUCCUCUUCACCGGCUUCUCCUUCUACAUCCCCAGCAGCUCCAAAGCUCACAUUGGCUGCAUCGCCCUCGGCCUCUACCUCUUCGGCAUCGUCUACUCCCCCGGCGAGGGCCCCGUCCCCUUCACGUACUCCGCCGAGGCGUACCCGCUCUACAUCCGCACCAUCGGCAUGUCGCUCGCGACGGCGACGACGUGGUUCUUCAACUUCAUCCUGUCCAUCACGUGGCCGUCGCUGCUAAAAGCGUUCAAGCCGCAAGGCGCGUUCGGGUGGUACGCGGCGUGGAAUCUGGUUGGGUGGGUGCUCGUGCUGCUCUUCAUGCCGGAGACGAAGGGCAAGACGCUCGAGGAGCUGGAUCAGGUGUUCUCCGUGCCGACGCACGUGCAUGCGGCGUAUGGGCUUCGGCAGGUGCCGUAUUUCUUUCAGAGGUAUGUGCUGUGGCGGAAGAUGAUGAGGACGUCAGAUGGAGUUGGCAAGAGGGAGUGA